UUUAGACUGGAAGAGUGGGAUGUCGGUUCCCACUGAUAUCACAAUAGCUUACCUAAUCCAGGGCAGCUUCUACGGCCAUUCCAUAUAUGCCACCAUCUACAUGGAUGCCUGGAGGAAGGACUCCCUUGUGAUGGUGGUGCAUCACUUCAUCACUCUGGCCCUGAUCACAUUCUCCUAUGCCUUCAGAUACCACAACAUUGGCAUUCUCGUCCUCUUUCUUCAUGACAUCAAUGACGUUCAGUUGGAGUUCACCAAACUCAACAACAUCUAUAAUGUCUAG